GAGAGCGAGAGAGAAAGAGCAAGAGCAAUAUUAAACGAGCUGUGUUUAGAUAUUAAACUUGUGAUCUCUGUCUAAUCUAGAGCCUCUUUCUCAUCAUCGCCAUGGACAAGAUAUCCGCCAUCAAAACUGAAGCAGCAGCUCCUGCUGUGAAUAAGCAAAAGAACAACUCGAUUGAGAAGGAACGAUCUGAUACGAAGGAGAUCAUAAAAGUAUUGGCUGAUCGUCUUCAGAAGAUGGAAGAAAAGAUGGAUUUGUUGAUCUCAUUGAUCAAUUCAAACAAUGAAGCUUCUGUAUCUGUUAAAACUCGCUCUGUAAAAGCUGAGAGAGAGAGCUAUGAGGAGCCUUGUAAGAAAAAAGCUAAAAUAGAUGCCAAGACUCAAACGAAGGAGAGCACUAGUGAUGAUUCUAGUGAGGAAUCUGAUGAAAAUAAGAAUGAUAGCCGUUUCUUUAGUGCUCGUGGUGGCCGCGGUCGUGGUCGUGGUCGUCGUGGUCUUUAUGCAGGUGGUCCUUUUGCUGGUGGUCGUUGUGGCGGUGAUGGUUUCUGUGGCAAAUGUUGAGGUGUUUGCAUCUGAUGAAGAGACCUUUUGCUAUCUUCAGCG